AGUUAUUACGAUCGCUCUUCAAAACUUCCUUUUAUACUCGAGUCAAAGUAUAUGUUUAAUUGGUUAUUGUGGAGUAAGUUUUUCAUAUAAAAAAGAGGAUGUUUAAAUUGUAAUACCAGCGCGGGGAAAAAUGGAGCGCUCGCCUCGAAUACAAAGCUAUCAAAUAGAGUUGGAGUUCCAGGAAAAAACAGAAGGCCGCCAGUACUGCUCUUAUUUUAUUUUUAUGUUUCAUUAUUAUUUCGUACGCGUUGGGGAUUUUUAGCUAGAAAUAAUAAGCAUUCAUAACGAUAAAAAUAAAAAAUGUAAAACGUGAAUUUAAAAUACGAUGCUGCGUGAAAUUAAAACGUAUAUUCAGUUUUACGUGGAAUAGCCAUUCAUAAAGGAAGAAAGCUCUCGAGGAAAAAAUUCUCUGCAACACUAUGAAGUCAGUAUUUAAAACAAAAAGUCAGUCCCGCGUUCCUGUCUCGUGCAUAACAGGCUAGAAUUUCGUAAACAAUUUUUACAGGGUGAAAUUUUCGAGAAUUCCUCUACAAUGGUGCCGAAAAAUCCAACGGCUUACCAGCGGUUCAUGCAGAAAGUCGCGCUAGUGUUGCCGGAGAAACUUCGUGGCGUGUUUUUACACCCAGCAGGGCCGACAACAAUCUUCUUCUGGGCGCCAACUUUCAAGUGGGGUUUGGUGAUAGCGGGCAUCGGUGAUAUUAAUCGACCCGUCGACACGAUUUCUCUCAGCCAAACUUUCAGCCUCAUGCUUACCGGAGUUAUAUGGUCAAGGUAUUCUGUUGUGAUCAUUCCCAAGAAUUACAAUUUACUUAGCGUCAAUGCCUUCGUUGCAGUGGCGAAUGGGUACAAUUUUGUGCGGGGAGCCAUGUAUCAGAUGAAUGAGGACAAGAGUAGUGAUGAUAAAGCACCGCGAAAAGGCAAAAAAUAA